AUGGCGGAGGAAGUCGCCUCCGGAAAGUCGAAGACUGCUUCCAAAGCGAAAAAUACAUUCUCUGAUGAGGAAACAGAGAAUAUGAUAUCACUGUGGAGCGAGGAAGAGGUUCUUUUCAACAGCCGCCACAGAGACUACUUUAAAAAUGACGCUAGACAAAGUGCAGUCAAUCGCAUUUUGUUGCGCCUCAAUAAACAAGGUAAGCCCAUGAAAACCGAAAGCAAAUAUACUUCAAGCCGUCAUAAUUUAGGGCCUAUUCGCACUAGCAACUUUAUUUAGACAAAUUUCUGUCAUCACCGACGUUUUACAAGUGUGGAUGAUUUGUUGCGACUUGGGAAAUUUUGGUUGUGUCCUCGUGUACCGGUACACAAAGGAAGGAAACAUUAACGAACUGCGUCAUAACUCCAUGUAUGGUUAUGAAAACAAAAGGAAUUCCCUCGUGUACCGGUACACCAGGACAGCCCCGAAAUUUUGGCCGAAGCGAGCUUCCAAAAGUUUAUUUAUCGAUGACACUGAUGACGCUCGAAGGCGGCUUGACCUGAGUUAAAGCGGACUCAUUCGCGUUCUCAAGAAACAAAAUAUGCCUUAUUGCAAUUAUCAUCGCGAACAAUAAGCAAAGGAAUAACACCAGUAAGUUUUUUCCUAAAUUUGUCAGCCAAAAAGCAUGACCGGCUGCCGGCUGCAAAGCAAGGACGCAUUAGUGCCGUCAGUAAAGCAUCAUGACUGUGUCAGGAGACAAAAUAGUUGUCCAACAAAAUUGUCGCGACAAAAUUCGUCGGUAAGAUUUCCGCACAGCCCCAUAGAUUAAUUACUGAAUACAAGUUUCGACUCUAUUCAUAUUAACUGUUUAUGUGAAAUAGAGCGUUUUCACUUGACGUCACGGCGGCCAUAUUGGUGUUCCAAAACAAAGAAACGUCGGCCAUAUUGGUGUACCAAACCAGUCCUUUGGGAGUUGAACUUUAUUUUUAUGCAAAAAUGGUCUUUUGUUUGAGUAAACCAAUAUGGCGGCUUGUCAGGUGAGUGAAAACGCUCAAUAGUAUGAGAAUGGCUGCGUGUAUAAUAAAUGUAUGGGGUUGUGCAAAGCAUAGAUUAAGAGGAGAGAGAAGGAGUUGGUCGAGUUGGCCACAGCUCCUUAUUUUUUUUUUACAAUGACUGGAACAUGGAAUGGUACUUGCUCUGGGUUUUGCUCUUGCUGCAACUGCUUCAGCCGUCUGUUUCUGACUCUAUGGAAACUGAUAUAUUAACAUGGCCUGAAUUUUUUUAGGUCUCACAAGUGAGGAGCUUCUAAAGAAAAUGUCUGCCCUGCGUACAUAUUAUGGGAAAGAAAUCGGGAAAGAAAGAAGCAGCAGAACAAGUGGAAAAGGGACCAAGGACGUGUAUGUAUCAAAAUGGCACUUUUUCACCUCCCUCCACUUUUUGAGAGAUAACAUAACCCCCAGGAAAACCUCAAGCAAUAUGGACACUUGCAUUUCAGAGGAGAAAGAAAAUGAAGCUGUGGGACAGGAUCAGCCAUCUCAGCAAGCAACUCACCAUGUUUCUGAUGAUGGUUCUGACCAAGGGAGUGUUUUCCCCACUAACAACCCUCCGUCAGUAAAAAACAAAAAAAAGAGGGCAUUAGCAUUUGAGGAUGAGCUUCUUUCCACUUGUUUAGAGGAAAUGAAGCGCCCGAAAGAGGAUGUCACUGAUGCUGAUAUUGUGUUUGGGCAGUAUGUCUCAAGACAACUGAAAAAAAUACCAGAAGGGUAUGCUAAAGAGAUGCUGAAAAUUGAAAUUCAACAAAGUAUUGUAAAAGUAAUGUUACCUGUAGCACAGCCCUUGUCCAACCUUGUCACCUAG